AUGGAAAUAAACAUGGUACUUGUUUUAGUACUAUUAAAACCUGGUUGUUAUGGAGGAGGAAAUUUACUUAAAGAUUAUAAAAAGAAUCAAAAUAUUUAUGAUUUUUUCAAAACUGCUUAUUAUUUAUUUGAAAAAGUACCUACUUUUAAAUGGUUAUCUGAAGCAGGUAUAGUUCCAUCCGAAACUAAAACAUACACCAAAGAAGAAAUUCAAAAUGCAUUUAAAGCAAAAUUUGGUAAAGAAGUUUUCUUCAAAUGUGAUUCAAAUCAUGCUAUAAAUGAAGUAUGGUAUUAUUUUAAUGUUAAAGGAUCAUUACUUAAACAUGAUUUCUUACCUAUUGAUUCAUUAUCAUAUUCAAAUUGUCCUUCAAAAGGUAUUAGAUUCCCACCAAAGGGAAGUCAUUCAAUUCCUAACCCAAGACGUCCAAAACGUCCACCACCACCACACGUUACUAAAACGUAUGGUCCUGUACCUACCGGAGUUCCAGAAAGUUCAUAUAUUAAAAUUUCCGAUAAACCUGGUUGUCUUAUUUCAAAUGGAAGAUAUUAUACAUCAGGUACUUGUGCAACUUAUCAUUUUACAACUGGAUCCAAUAAUGAUAAUAUUAACGUUAUUUCAUCUAGAGGGGUUUGUGGUGUUGAUUCAGAUGGUAAUUUCGUAUGUAAUAGAUCAAAUGAAUUGCUUAGAGAUAAUUUUACUAUUGAAAAUGAUACUAUAGGUUAUGAUGGUCUGUUUGAUUGGUGUUUUGGUAAAGUAUUAGGAAGUGGAUCAACUGCACAAACUUUCAUCAAAUUAGCUGAUGAUUCUUGUGAUUCAUUUAAAUUAUCGAUAUCAGGUUGA